GUGACGUCGCUCCCAGCCGCUGCCUUGGGGCUCGUGUGUCCCAUGGGAUGCAGCUCCCAGGGAUGUGUCUCCCCCAUCCCCUCGGUGACAGCGUCACGGUCUGGGGGACACACACACGCACCCGGUGGGUGCCUGCUCCCCGCCUGCGUCAGCGGGUGUUUGCCCACGCCAGGGGCUGUGGGGUGAGUGCUGCAGGAGGGGGUAUAAAGGCCCUUUGAGCCCGGCACAUCCAUGAGCAUCCAGGGACGCAUCCGGCACCGGGAGGAUGGGAAGCGCUUGGCUCUACCUGCUCUGCCUGGUUGGAUCCGGCCUCAUCCUGCUGGGCACUGCGGAGCCGGGGCUGGGGCCGGCUGAGAGCCUACCCAGGCAGCAGCGGGAAGGGACAGAGCUGGUCGAGGCGCUGCAGGAGGUGCUGGGGAAGCUGGGGAGCAGGGAGCUGCCGGCGCUGGAGAAGAGGCUGAGCUGGGUGCCCUUGUGCGAGCCCGGGGAGCCGUGCGCAGUGCGGAAGGGGGCCCGGAUCGGGAAGCUCUGCAGCUGCCCCCGCGGCACCGUCUGCAACCUCUUCAUCCUCAAGUGCUCCUGAGGGACCGGGGAUGCUGCCACCCGCUGGGAUGCUGCUGGGGGCUUGGAGGUGCCUGCUCAGCGCCCUGGUCCCCUGGGGUGCUGCGGGUGCCCAGGGCCACAUUAAAUGACUUGGAUUCACA